UGACUUGGGCAAAGAGUAAGUGGAAGAAGAUGCUGACUCGGGUGGUGGUAUUGAUGUGUCUUGUGGCGGCGUCGAGUGCUGCCCCACAGUCCUUCUAUGGUCAUCGAUCCGUCCCUCAGAGGUCAUUACAUGAGAAUUUUCCUUCCAAGAGUUUUAGUCGCCCAACUCUGGAUGAUAUCGAAUUCAGACUCUACACCAGAGAAUCUCGCAAUGACCCCGACCGUCUCAUUACCGGCAACUUGACCUUGCUCGAAGGUUCAAAGUUCAAAGGUCAUCUGCCUCUGGUCGUCGUCACUCACGGAUUCUCGGAAACAGCUGACGAUUCCGAGUGGAUGAAUGCAACGAAAAACGCUCUCCUGGAUAAGACAGACACGAACGUCAUCCUCACCCAGUGGCAAGAGUUGGCUAAUGGCCUCAGGUACGACAUAGCGGCCAGGAAUACCUUUUACGUGGGUAUCGCUUUGGCUGAUCUGCUGGAGUUCUUGGAAAACAACACCGAGGGAUUCAACGGCAGUAGAGUCCACCUCGUAGGCUUCAGUUUGGGCGCUCAGGUGUCGGGCGUCGCUGGGCACAAGUACCCGGGAGUGGCCAGGAUUACAGGUCUCGACCCCGCGGGCCCGCUGUUCGAAGACGGCAACCCGGAGAGUCGGCUUGACGCUUCCGACGCGGACCUCGUCGACGCCAUCCACACCAACGCCGGGUACCUCUUAACGGGACACUUCGGCUACAACGACCCCGUAGGACACCUCGACUUCUACGUGAACGGCGGCAGCUCUCAGUAUGGCUGCCCGCCGUUCAUCUGGGAUAGCAUCGUCGAGAUCAUAACGCUGUCCCCGGGAGACAUCGACGCCUGUAGCCACGGCCGCGCCCACGAGUACUUCCUGGAGUCCAUCCUCGCCUCGGAACCCACACUCGGAUUCCAGUGCUCGGACUACGAGAAAUUCGAGGUCGGGGAAUGCUUCGACACACCUCGAGCUGCUAUGGGUUACAACGUCACACGCGAUGCCAAGGGUGUCUUCUACGUAGACACGCAGGGCGAGGCUCCCUUCUUCUCUCGCCACGUGGAAGUCAACUUAACGAUAGGAGAAGGCGAGAGUACCUACCACGGCGAACUCACUUUCCAUACUGUGCUUCCUGGGCGAGAAACGAAGGAGGUCGUUAUGUUCAGCGGCUGGCCUUCUCUCCACCCUGGCGACCUCCACAAGACGACCCUAACCAUACCUUCACGAACUACCAUGGACGAGGUACCAUUCGACGUGGUAUUCCAUAAGAAUUACCUGCUGCCUCUCUCGCCUAAUCACCUCAACGUAGAGAGCAUUGUGGCUGUCGACACGUACACGGAACAAGAGUACUGCCUGGCUAGUAAGAAGGUCCUUCAAACUGGCACGACGUAUUCCCUGAAGGCGACUCUUGGGUCCUGUUGAAUGAAAACCAUUCAUGAAAUACUGGAUUUGACAGCGUUUAAGACACACCUCCAUUUCAGCCAAGGAUAUUUGGGAAAAUUAAAUAUUUAAGACACACCCAUUU